AUCAUAUUAUAUAAUAUCCUAUAUUACAUCCUCUAUCUCAUCUUUCUUCUCGUGUAAUGCCCUCUGCUGCUCCCUCCACUAGAAGAGAGUUGCCUGGCUUGACUGUUAAGGUCUACAAUGGGAAAAACCUCAGGUUGCCCUUCAGCUUGAUUUCCAACGAGUUCAUUCUCAGAAAAAUCAGCGACUGCGCUUACAACUGUGAUACAAAUCUUCUCAAUCAAAACAUAAAACAACACAUAUCCAACCAAGAUGAAUCUCUCAAUUCCGCCAUAAAAAACAUCAACCUCAACAGCAACACUAACCCAAAUGCCACCAACCAUGCCACCAACCACACCACCACCAAUUCCAACAACCACAACAGAAUCAAUCUGUCCAUCCUCGACGAAAAUAUAGACUCCCCCCAUACAAUCCAUUCCUCAGACUCCAUACAAAACAACAUUGACACAAAUGAUCCAUCAAAUAUCAGCUCAAACAACGUGAACUCAAAUAAACAGCCCUAUCUAUCUCCAGAGGCUGCCACCUCUUGUUUACCUUCCAUAAUAGCUGUCCCCAACACUGUUCAAAACAACAACAACUCCACCAACUCCCACCCUUCUCCUAACCCAAACCACAACAACCUCAUCAAAAACCCAUUAAUCUACAUGACAAUAGAAUACGAUAAAACGGUUUCUCUAGUUGAACCUUCCUCCGGUCUCAUCAAAAACCCUACUUUCAAUAACGUUUCAAACUUCGAUGUCAUCAGAAAUGGCCUCCUCACAAUCCAACUCUUUGUCAAAAUCCCAAACAUCCUAAUUCCAAAGGACAUCAACUCAAUCUACAAAAACAAAAAUAACUUCAACCUAAAAACUCCCUCCCAACAAAUCCUCAUCGGCACUGCUAGAAUCCCCCUAAACCUAAACAACUUCUCUUCCAAAAAGAGACUUCUCAACCACGAAUGGCUAAAACUAAUCAACGACAACGUAAUCAACGGCUAUAUCUCAAUAACAAUAGAAUACAAACCUUCCUCAACUAACCUUUCAAAAUCCCUCUCAAUCGACCAAUUCGACCUCCUAAAAGUCAUCGGCAAGGGUUCCUUUGGAAAAGUAAUGCAGGUCCGUAAAAAGGACACUCAAAGAAUCUACGCCCUCAAAUCAAUCAGAAAAGCUCACAUUGUAUCAAGAAUGGAAGUCAUCCACACCCUAGCUGAAAGAACUGUCCUUGCUAAAAUCAACAACCCCUUCAUUGUCCCUCUAAAAUUCUCCUUCCAAUCAAAUGAAAAACUAUACUUUGUCCUAGAUUUCAUCAAUGGCGGUGAAUUGUUCCAUCACCUACAAAAAGAAGGUAAAUUCACCCUAAAUAGAUCAAGAUUCUACACCGCUGAACUUCUAAUCGCCCUAGAAAGUCUCCAUUCUCUAAAUGUCAUUUACAGAGACCUAAAACCUGAAAACAUCCUACUAGACUACCAAGGUCACAUUGCUUUAUGUGACUUUGGUCUUUGUAAGCUAAAUAUGAAAAAUAGCGAAAAGACUAACACCUUUUGUGGUACUCCAGAAUAUCUAGCCCCAGAAUUAUUAUUAAACAAAGGCUAUACAAGAUCCGUCGAUUGGUGGACUCUAGGUGUCCUCCUAUAUGAAAUGUUAACCGGUUUACCUCCCUUUUAUGACGAAGACGUUCCCAAAAUGUACAAAAAAAUCUUAUACAACCCCUUAACUUUCCCAACAAACUUCGAUCCCCUAGCAAAAGAUCUAAUUUCAAAUCUAUUGAGCAGAGACCCUGAAAAGAGAUUGGGUAACGGCGAAAAUGGUGCAAAUGACAUUAAAAAUCAUAAAUUUUUUCAAAUUAUCGAUUGGAAUAAAUUGGUCGAAAAAAAAUACACUCCCCCUUUCAAACCACCCGUUAGUGACGCCUUUGAUACAAGUAAUUUCGAUAUAGAGUUCACAAGCGAAAGACCCGCCGAUAGUCUUGUCGACGAUUAUUUAAGUAAAAGUGUUCAAAAACAAUUUGAAGGUUGGACUUAUAUUGGUGAAAGUAGAUUGGCCUGAUUUUUUUCAUUAUUUUUAUCUUCAUUUAUCAUUCACCAUUUACCAUUUUUUAAUUUACAUCACAUUUACAUUUAAACUCACAAUAACAUUAAAAGAAAAACAAGACAUAAAUACAUAAAUACAUAGAAUUUCAAUCAAAAUCAAAAAAAGCACUAAAAUCAAAAAUGAGAAAAUGAGAAAAUGUUUAUAUAUUUUUUUAACCAUUUGUUUACUUACUUAUUUACCUAUUUACCUAUUUACCUAUUUACUUAUUUAC